CCAAUUGGUGGUGUUGGGGUGGGUGGGGGUCUCGGAGGAACCUUUUGCGUGAUGGGCUUCUGCGAAAUUGGUCCUGAGCAAGACUGUGCCGGAACAGCGAGAAGCCGUAGGCGAGGGGGGAGUGAGUCAGGCAGUGGGCAGAGCGGGCAAAAGUCUCUGCUGAGAGCCCUCAACCUUGGGCGAAGGCUUCGGCAGCGCAUCUUCUGAGGAGUGCGGGAAUGCGCUGGGAAUCCUAAGGAAGGACAGCCCAAGAAGGAAGGGGCAAGCCAGCAAGCCAGGGGAAACCAUCGGUUUGGGUGCGCGAUUACUGAGAGCUCCUCCUGUGCUUUUUUCCUUCUCCUUCCUGCGGGGUGGGGAGAAGAAGACGACGACGAAGAAGAAGAAGAAGACGACGAAGGAAACCACCCCCUGGUGCUACUUGAAUUACUUGAAAUCACCACUUGUGACACUGUUUCUGAAGACCGCCUUAUAUUCCAACCUGCCAGCGUGCGAGUGCAUGAAGCCCCUGGAGUUGGCCGCCGUCUGUGGCUGUGACUGAGGUCAAAAGGUAGGCGGGCGCCGUUCUCCCUGUCGGGGGUCACGGAUGGUCGUGGUUAUGUAAACGCCGAGCGGCAGAGGUGGAUCCCUUGCCUGGCUGCGAAGGUACCCCACCCCGCCUCCACCCGCGGUCCGCAGCCUGAAGGCAGCACAUCAAGCAGCCUGCCGAUUGCCACAGCCCCACCAGCCCACCCAGCCCCCCUCCGAGAGGGCGAGGGCGGCGGCGGCGGCCACGACAGGCAGACAGCGAGGAAGUUUUUGCCUUCGGGUUCUGCUCCCCCCCCCCACGCCGCGCGCUGCCCCCCGCCUUUCUCUUUCCUCCUGUGGGAAGGGUGGCAGCUCCUCGCCUGCAGGAUGUCAGCAGUGGCUUACAUGGACUUCGUGGCUGCCCAGUGCCUGGUGUCCAUUUCCAACCGGUCAGUGGCACAGCAAGACGUGACCCGGGAAGCAGAGCUGCUGAAGAUGCCCGAGGAAGAGGAGGAGGAAGCGGCCACAGAAGCCGCCGCCGUCGUGACCAAGGAGAUGAACGACCCCAGGGACGCCUGGAAGGAUUAUUGCACUUUGGUGACCAUUGCCAAGAGCUUGUUGGACCUGAACAAAUACAGACCCCUCCCAACCCCAUCCAUCUGCAGUGACAGUGUGGAGAGCCCAGAUGAGGAUGCGGGAUCAGACAGCGACGUGACCACCGAAUCUGGGUCGAGCCCUUCCCACAGCCCCGUGGAGGGGCAGGAUGCUGGCAGCGUGCCCGACCCCCUCUCCCUCCUGCACAGCGGAGUGCCUGCGAAGGGGAAGCUGGCCACUGAGAAAAGACAUAAGUGCCCCUACAGUGGAUGUGGCAAAGUCUAUGGCAAAUCAUCCCACCUUAAAGCCCAUUACAGAGUGCAUACAGGUGAACGACCAUUCCCUUGCACAUGGCCAGAUUGCCUUAAAAAGUUCUCCCGCUCCGAUGAGUUAACACGGCACUACCGAACCCACACUGGGGAGAAGCAGUUUCGAUGUCCACUUUGCGAGAAGCGGUUUAUGAGAAGCGACCACCUGACAAAGCAUGCGCGUCGGCAUACCGAGUUCCACCCUAGCAUGAUCAAGCGAUCUAAAAAGGCCAGCUCUGCCUCCUUUUGAAUGACAGACUACAACUGGGGGUGGGGUGGGCAACAACCAUCAUUGCAAAAGGCAUAACUGAUCAGCACAAAUACGUCCACCACUGUACAGUAAUAUUCCCCUACUUGCAUUUUUAAAGCACAUGUAGCUGGAAGUUAAAAGAUUAACAUUUUGUCCUGUCCACCCUGCUAUGCUACCAACAACAGUCUUAAAUCAGUGGCUGCUGGGUGGGAGUGGGGAGGGGGGGAUGUGUCGGGAUCAGCAGAAAUAAUGCAACUUUUUUGUAGUUUUCAGAAUCGACACUGGUGUAUAUAUGUCUGGCUGGUUGGUUUGACCUGUGACACCACAGUAGUGAUCCCAAGCUGUUUGUGAUUGCUGUGUCAUGGACAUGUUUUGUUGACUAAUGUAAUGCUGCUUGUAUUUAAAAACAAAACAAAACAAAACAAAACAAAACAAAAGAGUUUAGUAAAACCACUUUUCAACUCAUUUUAAGUCAAAAACCAGAAACUCCAUAGCACAUGUUUAGCAGAAGGUUCACUUCUCUUUCUCUCUCUCUCUCAACAAUCCAUCCUGUUCAAGACUGUUAAGGAAAAAAACCCAUUACAUUUGUUGUUUAUAUUAACCAAAGGAAAGAAAAAGAAAGAGCAAGAAAAAGCAAGCAAGCAAGCUGAAAUUUAUACUGAAGACCAAUAUAACUGAAGGUAUACCUGUAUGUAUACCUGAAGAUCAGUUCAGUAUAACCAGGUCUUUUUUUUUUUUUUUUUUGGUUUAAAUGAGCUACACUUUUGAAUAUAAGCUGCUCUUUUUUCCAGUGAAAAUAUGCUUACCAUCAAACCAGUUGUAUAAGCAAAAAGGAAGAAAAGAAAUAAGCUCAGCCUAUUUCUGAUAUCACAUGUAUUUGGCUCUGUUAUUCACUUGCCAAAAAGAAAGAAAGAAAUCACCCUAAAGAAUGUGGCAGGAAUAUGAGACCAAUAUUUGUUUUCCUCUCUCAGCCAAGACUUUCAUCAGAAAACCAUAUACAGUACUGUACUAUAGAAAUACCACUAACAGUGCUUUAUUCUGCUGUGUUUUGUUGGAAUGAAUGCAUAGCAGCAGCUACCAUCUUUAUAAGCUACCACUUUUGUAAAGAUUUUUUCCCCUUACGAUUCUCUCUCUCUCUCUAAGGUGCAUUCUCUUCAUCCACUUGCCAGAUUCCUGUGACAGCAUAUGGGAACUGUGUGCAUUUAUGGAGGGAAGAGACCCCCCUCUCCCCUGCCCAAGCAUUCUCUGUGCUAAUGGAGACAACUAAAGCGCAUUUUUAAAAAGUAUUUUUCAAGAGACUUUUACCUUUCCAUAAAUUGUAGAGUAUGGGAAGACAAGAACAACCAUGAGGUACUGAAAACUACCACGCAGGAGGUGUGUCAAAACACUUUUCGUGACAUGAACCUCACCAUUACGUACUUCUACCCUGUGUGUCAGGCUUGAUACAUCUAAUGAUAAUGGCAAUAUCUCAUCUGUUUAAAAGCUAAGGUUCGCUCUUUAAAACAGGAGCAAAAGCAUCAUUGGAUCUCUUGCAUCUAGCCAAGUCGUCAUCUUUGUUAAUGUUAAAAGCAUGAACCUUACAAUGGUUAUUAUCAUGGACUUUCCCUCCCCCAUCUCUUGUAAUGGUGGAGAAUUAUGUUUACAGACUUUCUUUCCCCGCCCCCAGAAACAUUCUACUGGUCCUUCAUUUUUAACUCCUCCUUCACAAGAAGGAAGGAGAGGUGCAAAUGUUCUAUCUAGGGCUAAAUUUAUCCCUGAGAUAAUCCCAUUGCAGCCGAUGGGCUUACACUUGGAUCAAUUUGACCCAUUUUUGUAAAGAAUCUGUACAUACAACUCUUGUAAAGUACACCUGCAAUGACAGUAUCUUCUCCUUGUUUCACCUGAAAAAAAGCUAGCUUCCUAGAAAUAAAAUAAAAUAAAACAACAUCUCAGAGAGUAGAGUAUUCUACAAUCGUCCGUGGCUUCCAGCACUAGAACUCAGUAUGCAUCUAGCAUUUUUACCUGUGUGGUUCAUUAUAAAAUCUGUUUAUGCGAAGAGAACAGCUUCUAAAUAAAGGUGUUAGGGGCACUGAACAAUCUAUGGGAUUUCAAAAGCAAAAAGGGAUGAGUUUUCUUCAGUGAAGACAUGUCAGGAAACCAAGCACACUUUCUACCUCCGUUUCAGCUUUUUGAAACGUUUGUUUUAUGAUAAACCAAAAUUAAUUUCUGGUGUCCAAAAUAAAUCGUAGGGACUUUUGUUCUUCCUUAUAAAAAACAGGUAGCCUGGCUAUUUCUAUUGCUCUAGUGUAAAAAGUAUUCUGCUUUACUAGUACUGUUAAUGCUGCCUUGUUUGAUUGGGGUCAGGACUAUGUGGUAGGACAGCAGCUCACAAAAUGGUAUUGUUCCAACCGGCCUCCCCUUCUAUAUGAGACCAAUUAUUAAGAGCUUAAGCUCUAGUCGGAGUCCUAUUGAUUCAACAGUUGCUCGACCUAUACUGUUGCUCUGCUGUAGGAUAAGUGCAGUAUUAGCUAAAUAGAGCCUGGAUGCUGAAUGCUGUUAUUUCACCUUGAAUACAAUGCAACUCACAGGCACAUGAGUGACACCUCCUUGACAAAUAAUCUGGUCACAAAGACACAUGAGAAACUGAGGUGCAGUGGCUCAGUGGUUAUGGCACACCUACUUUCUUUAAAGUUGUGGGACUAGGGUUUACUUGAUUUCACUUUGUACAAUCACUUCCUGUCUAGCUGGAGGUUAUAAUCUAGUCCCUUGAGUCGAGAAGCCCAAGACAGGCUUGAAGGGACAGGGGAGGAAGCCUAAAAAAAAAGCUUACCUCCCCCACAGACGAUCUCCAUUGCUUUGCUGGGCAGAUGGAUUACGCACCCAGAUGAUUGGCAGCUGCUGCUGGCAGCAGGGAGGUUUGGGUGCCAGGAGGCCUCCAGAAUUCCCAUAAUGCACCAUGCAAGUGCAUGGGGGAUUCCCCCAAUGCUGGCCAGGAGUCCCGCAGUCUCCCAUCCCCAGGUGGAAGUUGCCAGGGCUGGCAGACGAUUACGCGCUUGCUCCCUUAACCUCAUUUUAAAGGCAGGCUCUGGAGGCAGGUUUGCCGCCGGGAGCUGUGUGACUCCUGGCAGUUCUGACGAUCAGCCAAGACCAAACUUGGCUUUCUUAGUCCAGUUUUGGCUGAUCAUCAGAACAGCUUCUCUGUGUUAUCCACAUUACUCCCUUGUGUAUUGCAGGGUGUAGAAAUGGGUGUGCCCUAACUAUGCCAGCCAAAUAGUUUGGGAUUAUCCUUUGCUGUGCCCUAAAAUGCAUUUAAGCACACAGCUUAGCAUCCAAGCCUGAACAUUGUAGGCAGAAUAUAUUUUAAAACAAAAACAUGUGAAUUGUUCCUUUCAUUCUUAACAAAGAAAUUCUCAUGUGCAAAACCUACUAUGGAUUGUAUGAAUUCAUGUUUAGGUUUCUCUCUAAUGGCUCUUCCAUUUAUUUAUUUUUAAAUCCCCCAAACUGUUGCCACCCCAGUUUGGGGGAGUAAACUAUCCCCCAAAAUAGCAACCAGUCAACAUUUAAAUGUGUGAUACUCUUAUUGUAGGGAGAUGAGUAUGACUCCCCCUGCUUAUGAUGGCAGCUUUUUUUUUAGUGUAGCCACCUGUUUGUGGUGAGUAGGUUGCCUGACUUAUAGCUGAAAUGUUCUGUAUACCACUCCACAUCUUUUCAGCCGUGUGUGUGGAGCAGCAGCUUGCAAAAUUCCAGGCUCUGUGAAUGUUAAAUGAGUCAGUCAACCCAAUUACUACGAGCAGCCACCCAGGCACUUUGGCACAUGUUGGGAGGAAAGCAACUGCUCCUACCAUCAGAAGCAAGGUAGUCGUGUGCAACAGCCCUUGGGCAACCGUUUGACACUGCUUCCCACAUUACUCUUAGUAGAUAUGGGUGUGCAUAACCAGGUCUUAAAGGUCCAAUGGAUACAUUUGGUGACAAACAAAAGGCUGGGGAAAAUGGAUGCCACUCCUUUGCUGCAAGGUGGUCCAGGGGAAGGGAACUGACUUGUAGAGGAUUAGCACAGCUUUCCCCCUUCAAGCUCCCCCAACCAGGGGUGUAGCUAUAAUUGAGCAGAUGGAUUCAAAGAACCCAAGGCCCCCCCCCGUUCCACCCCUCCCUAUUUCUUCAUUAUCCGAGGGGCCACUGGGAAGAGGGGCGAACAUGGGCCCCCUCCUCCCUAGCUAUGCCCCUUCCCCCACCCCAGUUGCUUUUUGCUGAGUCGAGGCAAGUGGGGAAAAGUAGUUGGGGGUGAGUUGUAGCAGAAAUCUGUCAGCAGGGGAAGGAUUUGACACCCACUUUCUUGUGGCUUCUCCCCAGCAAUUUUCCCCUUCUCCCACCUGCUCUGCAGCUGAGAACUGGUACAAGGCUCCCCAACCUGUGUUUGCUGAUAAAGAGCUAUACGGGCCCAAAUCUACAUGAAAACGUAUUGUGGGAAGGGUAACCUUAUCUGUGCCCAAGAAAAGUCAUGUACAGACAAAACCUCCAGAAGGUCAUGGGUGUUAGAAACGGAAGCCUGUUUAUUUGGCUGCAAUUCUCAACACACUUACUUGAAAGCAAGUUUCGUUAACACGAACGGGACUUGCUUCCAAAUAAAUAAAAUUACUAUUGGGGUGCAAGUCAUGCUUCUUAGGAGUCUUCCAAAACAACAUCAGAAGCGACCCACAGUUUAUUAACCACUAACAAACAGAAAACAUAGGAAACGUUUGGAGUAAAACAAGCAGUGAAUUUCAUGUGCAAACAUUACAAUGCAGUAAAAUCAAUUGUAAUAUUUUUAACAAAAAGGAGUUUGGGAAGAGACUAUUGCAAGUGUCGAGAAGAAAGCAAAAUCAAGUUCUCUGAGAACAUCCUUGCCACGUGACUCUGCAAAUUCUUAAGAGUGCUGACGUUGAUGGCUCCUCUCCUCAGUUCAGAAAGACCUUCCUAGAGAAGCCAUGGCUUUAAACUAUAGCUAUACAACAUCUUUUUGUGGACAAUUUUGAUGACUUCUAUACAGGUCUCUUUUCUGUUUGCCGAUGGACUUAGCCCAGUAUGCACCAGAUCGGACAUACUCUUCAAAUGCUGUUUUACUACAGAUUAACAAUCUGUAACACUGUAAAAUACCAACCUUUACAAGUUUAAUCCAUUUUACUUUUGUACAGUAUUCGUAUCCUUUCUAAGUUAUUUUGCUGUCCUGUUUUGUAAAUCACAUGAAAUUGUAAAAAAAACAAAAAAGUAGGCAUAGGUGUUUUUGUACAUAUGUAUAUAAAUUGUCCAAAUAAUAAUAAAAAUAAAAUAAAAAUAAACAUGUUGCUUGGGA